CCGCCUGUCCCGCCGCCGCCUGUCCCGCCCGCGCGCCCGCCCCCCGCUUGCCGCGCAGCGCGCGCGCGCGGAGGCCAUGAAGGCCAAGGCGGGCCGCCAGGUGCCCGCGAGGGGCGUCAAGAAGGCCCCCGGCAAGACCGAGGCGAAGGCCUCCGCGGGCGACUUCCUGAAGCAGCGGCUCGGCAAGAAGGUCAGAGAAUUGCGUGCCAGCGCAGCUGAACACAUGGGCGACGGCGAGGCUCCCGAGAGCGCGGCUGCCCCGCGCGACCUGUCGUCCAUGCUGGCGGAAGCCGCGCGCCGAGGCGGCGACUUCGAGAGGGACAACCCGCAGGGCGCCGAGGUCGAGGAAGAUACUCCAGUGAUCGACAAUGGCAGGGAGGCCGAGAACACGCGCAAGCGCUUCUACACCGAGUGCCGCAGGGUGAUCUCUGCGGCAGACGUCGUCAUCGAGGUGCUGGACGCUCGGGAUCCGGCGUCCAGCCGCAGCGCGGAGCUGGAGAAGGACGUGCUAGCUGCAGGGAAGAAGCUGGUGCUACUGAUCAAUAAGAUAGAUCUCGUGCCCAGGGAGGCGGUGGAGGCGUGGAUGCAGUACUUGAAGCGGUCGUUCCCCACAGUGGCGUUCAAGUCCGCCCACGGCGAGUGCAAGAGACCCAUUCACGCCACGUGCAGCACGUCACGUGCGUCGGAAGGCCUAUUGAGAAGUACACACGCGGUAGUUGGCGCGGACGACCUCAUGCAGUUGCUCAAGAAUUAUGCUCGUACUGGCGACGGCAGCAAGAUGAAGGCUCACAUCAAUGUGGGCAUCGUCGGCUAUCCCAAUACUGGAAAGAGCUCUGUCAUUAACUCGAUCAAGCGUACCAACGCGGUUGAAGCUGGAGGCCGCGCAGGCGUGACCAAGGAGAUGCAGGAGGUGAAGAUCGACUCCAAGGUGACCCUGAUCGACUCCCCAGGGGUUGUUUUCGAGGGGGACUCAGCGGACCCGACCGUUGCCUUGCGCAACAUCCUCGCCGUGGACAGGCUUCCCGAUCCAGUCGGAGUGGUGGAAGCGCUGAUUGCGAAGGCACCGCGACAGUCGCUGCUCGAGUACUACGGCCUGGAGCAGGACUUCGGGACCGUCGGCGAGUUCCUGGUGCACGUGGCCCGCACGCGGGGCAAGCUCAAGCGCGGCAGCGGGCUCGACCUCCCCUCGGCCGCGAAGGCCGUGGUCACGGACUGGACCUCGGGCAGGUUCAGGUACUACGUCCUCCCGCCCAAGGAGUUCGUGGCUGCAGCGGGCGCCGCGGAGCGGGAAACCGCCGAGGUGGUGCAUCGGCUCGCACCCGCCCUCGACAUCAACGCGCUCCUCAACGGGAAGGGCGACGCCCCCAUGGUCAUCGGCGGCCCGGGCGUCCUCCGACAAGCGGGGGACGGCGACGUCGACAUGGCGGAGACGGACAUGUAGAGGCAGGCGCCGCGCGGCCUCGCGCUCUCGCCUCGGCCUGCUCUGUGUCCGCCAGCUCCGGAGCAGCCCGCCCGUCUCUCGCCCGGAGGCCCUCCGUGGCGUCCCCCGCCGGUGGCCCCCCUCUGUCGCCACGCGGCGGGCCCGGCAGCUCGCGUGCGUAAGCCGAGCUCCAGGCCCGUCCGCCUCCCCCCCCCUCGGCGUGCCCUGGCGCGUGGCCCUGCGAAUGCAGUCCACGGCGUGCGCCAGGCGUGCGCCAGGCGGCAUCUGUGGAGCGUCGCUCGCGC